AUGGCGAUUCUGUCAGAUCUCGGCACUGAGAUCUUGGUUCCGGCCUGCGCCAUCGUCGGGAUCGUCUUCUCUGUGGUUCAGUGGAUUCUGGUCUCCCGCGUCAAGCUUUCUCCAGAGCGGCACUCGCUCUCUAACUCCAGCAAGAAUGGCACCGCUGAGUACCUGAUUGAGGAAGAAGAAGGCCUCAAUGAUCACAGCGUCGUUCAGAAAUGCGCUGAGAUACAGAAUGCUAUCUCUGAAGGAGCAACCUCUUUCCUCUAUACCGAAUAUCAGUAUGUUGGAAUUUUCAUGGUUGCUUUUGCAAUCUUGAUUUUCGUUUUCCUUGGCUCUGUGGAGGGUUUCAGCACAAAGAGCCAGCCUUGCUUAUACAACAAAGGAGAGAUGUGUAAGCCAGCACUUGCCAAUGCUAUCUUCAGCACAAUAUCCUUCUUGCUCGGUGGUUUAACUUCUCUGCUUUCUGGUUUCCUUGGGAUGAAAAUUGCUACUUAUGCAAAUGCCAGAACCACUCUGGAGGCAAGGAAGGGUGUUGGGAAGGCUUUUAUCACUGCAUUUAGAUCUGGUGCAGUCAUGGGAUUCCUUCUUGCUGCAAAUGGUCUUUUGGUCCUCUAUAUUGCCAUCAACCUCUUCGAGAUAUACUAUGGUGAUGACUGGGAAGGCCUUUAUGAGGCUAUAACUGGUUAUGGCCUUGGUGGUUCUUCCAUGGCUCUCUUUGGCAGAGUAGGUGGAGGUAUCUAUACAAAAGCUGCUGAUGUUGGUGCAGAUCUUGUGGGCAAGGUUGAGAGGGGAAUUCCUGAGGAUGACCCGAGAAAUCCAGCUGUUAUAGCUGACAAUGUUGGUGAUAAUGUUGGGGAUAUUGCUGGGAUGGGAGCUGACCUUUUUGGUUCGUAUGCUGAGUCAUCAUGUGCUGCCCUUGUGGUUGCUUCCAUCUCCUCAUUUGGGAUCAAUCAUGAAAUGACUGCAAUGUUCUAUCCUCUCAUCAUUAGUUCCAUAGGCAUUCUUGUUUGUUUGAUCACCACCUUAUUUGCAACUGACUUUUUUGAGAUCAAAGCUGUAAAGGAAAUUGAGCCAGCACUGAAGAAGCAGCUCAUCAUCUCCACUAUUUUGAUGACUGCUGGAAUUGCAUUUGUUAGUUGGAUUGCUCUUCCAUCUUCCUUCACCAUCUUCAAUUUUGGAAGCCAAAAGGUUGUGAAGAACUGGCAGCUGUUCUUGUGCGUUGGAGUUGGCCUCUGGGCUGGGCUUAUUAUUGGAUUUGUAACAGAGUAUUAUACUAGCAACACAUACAGCCCUGUGCAGGAUGUCGCUGAUUCCUGCCGGACUGGAGCUGCUACAAAUGUUAUUUUUGGCCUUGCAUUAGGAUACAAAUCUGUCAUUAUACCUAUUUUUGCCAUUGCAGUGAGCAUUUUUGUCAGUUUCAGCUUUGCUGCUAUGUAUGGUAUUGCAGUAGCUGCCCUUGGGAUGCUGAGCACAAUUGCUACCGGAUUGGCCAUUGAUGCUUAUGGUCCCAUCAGUGACAAUGCUGGAGGCAUUGCUGAAAUGGCUGGCAUGAGCCACAGAAUCCGUGAGAGAACUGAUGCCCUUGAUGCUGCAGGAAACACCACUGCUGCUAUUGGAAAGGGUUUUGCAAUUGGGUCUGCAGCUCUAGUGUCCCUGGCCCUCUUUGGUGCCUUUGUGAGCCGUGCAGCUAUUUCAACAGUUGAUGUCCUGACUCCAAAAGUUUUCAUUGGUUUGCUUGUGGGUGCAAUGCUUCCUUACUGGUUCUCUGCAAUGACAAUGAAGAGUGUUGGAAGUGCAGCUCUAAAGAUGGUUGAGGAAGUGCGCCGACAAUUCAAUACCAUCCCAGGUCUCAUGGAAGGCACUGCCAAGCCUGAUUAUGCCACCUGUGUUAAGAUCUCUACUGACGCUUCAAUCAAAGAGAUGAUACCACCUGGUGCCCUUGUCAUGCUCACUCCCCUCAUAGUUGGGACCUUGUUGGGUGUAGAAACUCUAGCUGGUGUUCUUGCCGGAUCUCUUGUCUCUGGUGUCCAGAUUGCCAUCUCUGCUUCCAACACUGGUGGUGCUUGGGAUAAUGCCAAGAAGUAUAUUGAGGCUGGGGCUUCAGAGCAUGCAAAGGCCCUCGGUCCAAAAGGAUCGGACCCACACAAGGCAGCUGUGAUUGGUGACACAAUUGGGGACCCUCUCAAGGACACUUCUGGCCCGUCUCUCAACAUCCUCAUCAAGCUAAUGGCAGUUGAAUCUCUUGUCUUUGCUCCCUUUUUUGCUGCACAUGGUGGCCUGCUUUUCAAGAUUUGGAAGUAGAGAGGAUGUGACAUAUUACUGGCGCAUCCAGCGAUGAACCACAAAUUCCCUUAUGUUUUACUUUUUAGUGUCUUCCGUCACCCCAGGUCUGGUUUUUCAUGUCUUUUUCUGGCUCUUUCCUUUGUUCUGCUUUAAUCUUUUUGAGUAUACGUUUAGUCUGUAGUGCAAGCUUUUUUCCCCUUCAAACACAGCUGAGCCAGUAGGUAAUACUUUCCCAUUUUUGGGGUGAAUAACAACAGUGCUGACCAUAAUGGUCAAUGUUUUGAAGAGUUAGGACAAUGUUAUUCUUUCUUUUAAUCAUCAUCAUCAAGAGCUGGUUGCUCUUUUAUCAACUUGCAUGUGGUUGC